UCCCUGGAGCAUUCGACAACAAUCCACGAUGUCUGCCAUCAAAGAAGCAAACCGCAAGUACUUCGACACCAUCACAGACUCUUACGACUCAAAGCCAUUCUUUAUAAAGUGUAAUGAACAACUUACCACUCAUCUUCGCGACAAUUUGGCCUGGGUCGGGGUUCCCUUUGUCGACAAGGACUCCAACUCGAGCAAUGGAGACCAGACCGUCAGGCUUCUAGAUUAUGCUUGUGGAACUGGACUCAUGUCCCGGAUAUUUGGCCCCUACGUUACUGUUACCCGUGGCAUCGAUGUGUCCCCGGGGAUGGUCAAGACAUUCAACAGACGAGCAAGCGAGGCAUCACUUCCCACCUCGACAAUACACGCAGUGGAGGGCGACCUGCUCGACAAGAACGAAGUUUCGCCCGAGUCUUUAUCCGGUCCCGAGUGGAACGACUUUGACCUCGCCACCGCAGGCUUCGCCUUCCAUCACUUCGAAGAUGUGGUUUAUGCUGCUCGACGCCUGAAAGAGCGCCUGCGGCCGGGAGGUGUACUUCUCAUCAGCGAUUUUCUGGAAGGCGGCGAUCUUAAGGCCGACGAGAACGGCGAUCCGAUUCCGGGAUCUGAAAUGACUUGGAGUGGGCAUGGCCAUCACCACCACGACCACCACCACGGCCACCAUCAUGGCGGUCACGAUCACAUGGGCGAACACAACCAUGUUGCCACCGCGCAGGAUGACGACGACCCAACUGCCAAUGUGCGUAAAGAAAUGAAUGCUUCCAUUGUCACGACCCAAUUCUCCCUUGACAAUGUGCGCAAUUUCUUCACGGAAGCCGGGCUCGUCGAUGUGGACGUCACGACGAUGAAGGACAAAGUGUACAUGGAAUUCGCCGGCAACAAGAUGUGGCGGACGGUCUUGUUUGCGAGGGGGCGAAGACCGUUGGCGGACCAGAACAAGUCGGAGUUGUAA